AUGACUUCCAAUCGCCCUCUACCCAUUUCCGGGGCGUGGGAGCACCCUGAUGCUUACAUUGAGGCUCUCCUCUGCUUCUCCACUACGUCGGUGCUCUUUAUGAACUUGUGCGGUGGCGUGCACAUGGUCGACUUUUUGACCCGAGAGCCCGACCUCUAUACAACAAUUCUGCCAAAAGAUUGGAUAUCUUUUUUCGAGCAGCAUGAUAUUCAAGAUAUCAUUCGUCUACUCCUACGAGAGGACAUUGAGCACAUACGAAGCGCCGGCGAGCCUUCCGAAGAUCAAAGCAGCCGUACUUGGAAUGGAGGAGCAUUCCCACCCCAGAGCCUCUUGGACUACAUUUUCAACAUCCGUUUACUGACACUCAAACGAGAAAUGUACAUCUCAUCUUCGAAGAGAAUUGAAUUACCAAAACAAGUUGCCAUGCAUAUGAACCGAAAAAAAGUACACGAGGUUGAAUGUUUUUCUCAACAUGUCGCAUCUCUAUCAGACACUGUCAAUAAGCGUCGCGGUGAGCAAGUCACUCAUAUUGUGGAUUUUGGGUCUGGACAGAACUAUCUUGGACGGACACUGGCCAGCUCGCCUUACUACAAGCAUAUCAUCGCGAUUGAGCGCAAGCAUCAGUACAUAAGCGGUGCAAAGAGCAUGGAUGUGCGAGCCAAGUUGGCAAAGAACCCGAAAGCUCGAUAUUUCCACAAGGACAAAAGUUCAUGUGAUGGCUACAAUGGUUCUUCGGAAGUGACUGUUUCUGAAACAACGGAUACCUCCCAGCCAACGAUAGAGGGCUCGCAGGUCUCAGACGUUCGUUUUUCCGAGAUGCUGGGCGAUAUUAGCCUUCAACCUGAUGAGCUACUCGGAGCCCUCACCAAAAGCCCAUUACGAGAAAAGGUACCGAAGCCAGAGAUCCAUACCGGCGGUACUCUCAGCUAUAUUGAACAUGAAAUACAAGAUGGCAAAGAAGAGAGCGAUGCUAGAUUGAUGGUCGUUUCCCUUCACUCUUGCGGAAACCUUGUUCACCAUGGUCUACGAUCCCUGAUUCUAAAUCCUUCGAUUGUGGCUGUCGCUAUGAUUGGCUGUUGCUACAAUCUAUUGACGGAACGCCUCGGUCCAAACACACAUGACCUCCCUAUUCUUCAGUCCCUCCACCCUCGACUUAAAGAGACUGGAAGAUCAUACGAUCCGCAUGGGUUCCCUAUGUCUAAAUACUACGAAAAUUACCGUAGUCCCGGAGCAACGACCGGCGUGAAGCUUAACAUCACAGCUCGUGCACUGGCCGUGCAAGCUCCAUACAAUUGGGGCUUCAAUGACAGUGAAGUGUCUUUUACCCGUCACUUUUUCCGUGCUCUUCUCCAGCGUAUUCUCGUUGAUCGAAGAAUUCUUCCUAGGCCCUCCGUGCCUCAAGAAGCAUUCUCUGACGGAACUUACCCAGAAGCUAGAACCAAUACUAUUCUCAUCGGAGCUUUACCUAAAGCUGCUUUUAAGUCCUUUACUGCAUAUAUUCGUGCCGCGACGAUCAAGAUGAGUCGAGACCCAAUAUAUGGUUCCCAGGUGCAGGAGCAUAUUGCUACCUUGACUGAUGAGGAGAUUCAUUGCUACGAGACUCAGUACCACCACGCGAGGAAACAUAUGAGUGUUGUGUGGAGCUUAAUGGCGUUUAGUGCUCAACUCGUCGAGGCUAUCAUUGUUGUGGAUCGGUGGCAAUUCCUUCGUGAACAAGACUCGGUCAAAGACUGCUGGGUUCAGCCGGUGUUUGACUACAGUGAAAGCCCGCGUAACUUGGCGGUCAUUGGACUGAAAAAGUGA